UGCCUUACAGCCUUGUUUCUAGUCGGACGUGUUUUGAAUCCGCAUCAAAAUGGCGGCCACCUGUGGAGAAUCAUGCCACCAGUAUCUGAUUCAUCUUGCUCAAGACAAUUUGGACUUCAGGUUACCGGAAGUAGAGGCGCUCUUGGCUCUCAGAGGAAAGCCUUUCCGUCCCACAGUAAACUUCAAAGAAAAGUCUCCUUUCUGGUGUCUGGAUGGCUUGUGUGAGGAAGAUGUUCAGAGCAUUAUGGCCCGAUCUGUAUGCGCAAAGUCUGCAUUUGAGCUCUGGGGUCACGGACAAACACACAGUGAUCUCAAAACAUCCCUCUUGAACUACCCGGCAGAGAACAUGUUACCAUUCAUGCACAAAGACUCGACGUAUCGAAUCAAUGUCUACACGUUUAACAAGACUCUGGAGUUUGCAGACAGAAUCAAAAGGAUUGAUGCGAUGGAGUACCUCCCGUUUGAGGGCACAGUAAGCCUGAAAAGCCCUGAACACAUCUUCUGUUUGCUAGAAGAUUACGGCACAGACCCCAACAACAUCCCCGAGCAUCCAUACUACGUCUACUUUGGCCGAUGGAUAGCAGACGGACAGCGUGAACUGAUUCGCUCGCACAGUGUGAAGAACAGACACUUCAUAGGAAACACCAGUAUGGAUGCCGGGCUUUCCUUUAUAAUGGCCAACCACGCUAAAGUCAAAGAAAAUGACCUUGUGUUUGACCCAUUUGUUGGCACAGGAAGUUUAUUGGUAGCUUGUUCUCAGUUUGGAGCUUACGUCUGUGGAACAGAUAUCGACUACAACACAAUUCACGGCAAAGGUAGGUCAAGUCGCAAAAACCAGAAGUGGCGCGGGCCUGAUGAGAACAUCCGAGCAAACCUGCGGCAGUACGGAACAGAGAAGAUGUAUAUAGAUGUGAUGGUGUCUGAUGCAUCCAAGCCUGUGUGGAGAGAAACUGCUCUGUUUGAUGCCAUCAUUACUGAUCCUCCAUACGGUAUCCGUGAGUCUACGAGGAAAACUGGCUCACACAAAGACAUUACUAAACCUCCUGAUGGCAUCUUUGUAGAGUCUCACGUCCCUGUGUCUCAGGCGUACCACCUGAGUGACAUCCUUACAGAUCUACUACAUUUCUCUGCCCUUCACCUGUUCAUGGGUGGGAGGCUCGUCUAUUGGCUGCCCGUCUACAGACCAGAGUAUUGUGAAGAGAUGAUUCCUCUUCAUCCGUGUCUCAGACUGAUCAGUAACUGUGAGCAGACUCUCUCCAGCCACACAUCCCGACGCCUCAUCACUAUGGAGAAGAUCAAGGAGCCUGAGAAAUUAGACAGCCUUGCUCAUCUAGUGGACCCACGCUUCAGCCCCUACCAGGGACACAACGCCUUCAGAGAAAAGUACUUCAGUGGACUGAAUAAGAGGUGUGUUAGAGAGGAAAACAAAACAAACGUCAGUGGAGAGUGAGAGGAAAAUGCUGUGUGAAAGCCACAGGAAAAAUAGACGAUUACAACCGAGGACAUGGUUUUACUGGACUAGAAGAGGAAAACAAACUCUUACCUUUCAUUAUUAUUUUUUAUCUUCCUCACUAUUUUAAUAAGGAUUUUUUUAUGUCUGUACUUCUCUUUGAAAUAAAUGGUUAAAUGAU